UCGGAAUUGGUCCGGAAGUCGGGCUGUGUGUGUGCGUGUGGGGAAGACGGAAGUGAUGCGCCAGGGUCGCCACCACCUCGCAGACGGCAGCAUGUCCCAACGGAGGAAGAUCCUUUGCGGUCUCUUCGGCGUUAUCACCGGUCUGUUCGUUGGCGCCCUGCUGCGCAACUACCGCACGCUCGAGAUCGUCAGCAUGUGCAACUCCAUCAACGGCAUGAAGCAGAAAUCUGCACUAGACAUCAUCGGGUUGCAGGCGUCCGAGCUGCCGACCAACUCGCAGCGCACGCUCGUCUUCGUCGGCGUGAUGACGGCGAAGGACUUCCUGCAGGGACGGGCCCGCGCCGUGUACGAGACCUGGGGCCGGCAGAUCCCGGGCCGGAUAGCGUUCUUCAGCUCGCAGGACUCGGUCGCCCCGGACCUGCCGCUGGUCGCGCUCAAGGGCGUCGACGAUCGGUACCCGCCGCAGAAGAAGAGCUUCAUGAUGCUCCACUACAUGUACGAGCACUACAUCGACCGGUUCGAGUGGUUCGUGCGUGCGGACGACGACGUGUACGUGCGCCCGGACCGGCUGGAGCGGUUCCUGCGCUCGAUCGACAGCUCGAAACCGCAGUUCAUCGGCCAGGCCGGCCGGGGCAACAGCGAAGACUUCGGGCUGCUGUCGCUCGAGUUUGACGAAAACUUCUGCAUGGGCGGCCCGGGCGUAAUCAUGAGCCGGGAGACGCUACGCCGGGUGGCGCCUCACAUCCCGACCUGCCUGAAGAAUCUCUACAGCACCCACGAGGACGUCGAGGUCGGCCGAUGCGUCCAGAAGUUCGCCGGCAUCCCCUGCACCUGGAACUACGAGAUGCAGUCCAUCCUGCACCACAACUCGAGCGGCAACCGAGCGUUCUCGGGCAGCCUGAAAAACAAGGAGGUCCACAGCGCAAUCACGCUACACCCAGUGAAGCAACCCGCGUUCAUGUACCGGCUGCACGCCUACAUGCUCGGCCUGAAGGCACAGGAGCUGCGCCAGGAGUCGCUGCUGCUGCACCGGGACAUCGCCAAGAUGACGUCACUGCUGCAGAUACCGCGGCAGAUCAACAAAAACCUGGCGCCCGGUGUGCCGAUCUUUCCGCGCGACGAAAGCAGCGCCGACUACCUCGGGGACCACAACGUGCUCGGUGUGGCGCCAGACCUGAACCGUCACCGGCCCCGCACGCUCGACGAGCUCCUCGAGUGGGACUUUAUCGCCAAGAGCCUGUACUCGGCCAUGCACCCGAAUCCGAAGCGUCGGAUCGAGUCGUCGACCAAGGAGGGCCUGAGUGAUGUCAUCCGUGAGAUCAUGGAGCACAUCAACAACUUUUCGCGCCAACGGGGCCGGAUGAUCGAGUUCCGGGAGCUGCUGUACGGGUACACGCGCGUCAACAGCCUGUACGGGCAGGACCUGAUACUGGACCUGUUGCUGGUGUACAAGAAGUACCGCGGCAAGAAGAUGACCGUGCCGGUGCGGCGCCACCUCUACAUCCAGCGCUCGUUCACCGAGAUCCAGGUGCGCGAAGUGACCGCAGAUCGCAUCUCGCAUCGCAUGAAGUCGCUGCUGAGCGGUGGGCUCGGCCGGCUCACCGCUCUGGGUGGGGCCGGCAACACUGCACUAGACACUAGCCGGGGGUGCGACCAUAGCCGGAUCGUGUUCGUGCUGCCGCUAUCCGGGCGGACGGAGACCUUUGGGCGGUUCCUGCGCAACUACGAGGAGGUGGCGCUCCGGCCGAUGGACUGGAACCCCCCGUGCACGGACCUGCUGGUGGCGCUGUACGUGGAUGCGCCCGAGUCUCCGGCGCUCCUGACCCUACUGACCGGCCUGCAGUCCCGGCAUCCCGCGGCCCGCAUCAACUUCGUCCCACUGUCCGGGAACUUCUCGCGCGGUCUAGCCCUGGACCAGGCGACCAAGUCGUCGCACUGCACCGACGACGACAUCCUGUUCUUCAUCGACGUGGACAUGGUGUUUAGCGCGCAGUCGCUGGUGCGCAUCCGGCAGAACGUGAUCCGGGGCCGCCAGAUCUAUCUGCCGAUCGUGUUCAGCGAGUACGCGCCGGACCUGGAGUUGACCGAGGACACUCGCCCAGCGCAGGGCCCGACCACCGAGGGCAGUGAGUUGAGGCCGCCGGGGACGGUCCGCAACUUCUCGGCGCCGUACCCGAUCACGGACGAAAACGGAUACUUCCGCCAGUUCGGGUACGGGCUGGUGGGCAUCUACAAGGCGGACCUGAUGCGCCCGGAUCUAAAGGGUCUCAGUACCACCAUCCAAGGCUGGGGCCUGGAGGACAUCGUGUUCCUGGAGAACGUGAUCGCCCUCAACCAGCGCGGCAACCUGCGGCUGCGGGCGAUCGCUGACGGGCGCUGGAAUCCGCUGUCCAGCACCGGCUCCACGCCCGCCCAGCAUCGCCAGGGCAAUAGCGCUGCGCUGGAGGCAACGACACCAGCGGCGGCGGCGGCGUUCCCGACGGCACCGACGCCACCGACUCCGCCGACGCCACCGCCGCCACCGGCCGAGCAGCUGAGCGUGUUCCGGGCGCCGGACCCGUCGCUCGUGCACGUCUUCCACCCAAUACAUUGUGAUACCGACCUGGAGGAGGCCCAGUACAAGAUGUGCCUCGGCACCAAGGCCAACACGCUCGGGAGCGCCGAGCGGCUGUAUGCCCGGUUCAGCCACAGCCAGCCGCUGAUGGCGUUCGGGCGCUCCCUGAACCGCGCCAGCGGCUAGAUGCCACGGGAACGGUUCUGGUGUUGCGCGUGCUGUGUAAAUAUACGAGCUAAGUCAGCUGUGUGGGUUGCGAGUUAGGGGCACUAUCCCUAGCCUGCUGUAGUCGUCUAGAGUUGUGGUGUCAGCACAGCAACAACGAGGGCCCCGUGCUUGGACAUUAGUUGAGAUUGGACGGACCUGUGGCAAAAUAGGAUAAACCUACUACUAGUGUACACCCCUGGACCUGUACAGUAGAGUCUGUGUGGAGUGCGUGUAUGUGUGCGUGUGUGUGUACAUUUCGCCGGCAGCGUAGCGUUAGCGAGUGGUUAGGCUUUAGGGCAACCCGGGGCCCCGGGCCACCUGGCAGCAAAUCUUUUCCGCCCUUUUUCCAGGGCUUUUCGCAACUCUCGAAGUCGCCUCGUCGUAGAGCGGGCUGCGUGUCAGGUCAGGUUCCUCACCCGGUCCACAGCUGCUGCUAGAUAGAUAGCUAAAUUUACUAGAGAUUGCCGAAUUACUAGGUCCCCUGAACUACUACUAAACUGACUGUCAGCGUGACAGCCGGUGGUGCCUUUUCGGUGGGUUUGGUGGGUUAUAUGAAAAUAGGUUCUA